UAGUGAUGCUUUUGUUUGAAUGCUUUGGCUUCUCUGCCUCCCUCUCGACGGGACCGAUUGAAUGGCUGCUUCGACAGCCGAAGUAGUACCAGUCUUCACUGACACCAACUUGGGCACGCGCAUAGCGAUGGCCGUCCCUCCAGAUAUCACAGCAAGAGAUUUCAAGAGAGAAGCUGAAGGAGUGCACUUCAAUUGUUUCCCAGAAGCUGGAAAGAUCACGAUCCAUGGACUAAUGGUGAAGCAAAAAUCAUGCCUUUACCAUCUGUCGGAGUCAAUGCCUAUAAAGUAUGCUUUCCAGGGUAAGAAAGGAACAUGGUUUCUGCAUAUGCUAGCUGGGCCAUUGAAUUAUUUAAGUAGGUCAGGUCUAUCCAUGGGUGUGGCAAGAAAAGUUGGGGAACAUUCGUGCAAUGUUAGCAAAGAUUCUGUUUAUUUGGAACCACCAAACUUGCUUUUAAGCACUUGUAAUACUGACACAAAAGGAGAAUGUAAGAAAAUGAAUUUAGGAAAAUCAAAGUACCUUAAACCUUUAACCCAAGAACUUCCCAGCACUGUCUCUAUUCCAAAGAAAAAGAAAAUUAAAAGUUGGAAGAAUCUUCAUCUCAGAGAGUGCACAGCAAGUGAAGUAAAGAAGGGAUGCAGCGUUAUAAAUGGUGUCACUUCCAAAGAGAGGUUUGGUUUUUGUGCAUCCGCAAAGGAAGUUGAGCCUAGAGAAGGCUUAAUUUCUAGCCCUAUAGCAGAGGCCCCAAGUGAGGUAUCAUCAGAAGUAAUAUCAGUCACAGGUAUUAUCAAGAGAUACUUUCCAGCUUCCACUGAGGUAAGCAGUUUUGGCAGCCCUUCAAACUUUGGUGUCAAUGCCACCGAGAGAGCCUUUCAAAGUCAGGUGGAAGAACAAUCACAGACUAAACCAGAUGAUAAGUACUCAAGCAUGCAAGUUGAGGCUCUCCCAGCGGUUACUGUCAAAACACCCCCAAGGAUGUUGCUGUUGCCAUUGCAAACUGCCCCAACUCCUGACUCUUUAAAGGAUAAGCUUCAAAGAUCUCGAGUUGGGAAACGUCUAAUUCUGGCCUCAUGUAAUCUUGCAAAUUCUGGGAGUAAGAAAAAGCCUGCAGUUUCUCUAUGCAGAUUCAGAGAGAGUAAAGUUCUAGAACCCAAUUCUUCUUUUAAUAUUAGAAGUUCAGUCUUUGAGAUUAGUGACAGUGAUGACUGACAAUGCUUGGAGGCUUCCAGGCAGACCAGGACAACUAUGCUCUAUUAGGGUAUGCUCGUACCGAGGAGGAGUUCGUGUGCAGGAGCCUCUUGGUCGGGGUAAGUUUGUCUGCUGAGCGCAUGAUAAGAAUGUUUGAAUCAUCAGUAAUUAUUUCUAUGAACCUUGAUACCUGCUAUCCAAAAAUCAGACUUAUGAUUCAGGUUUUGCUACAACAAAAGGACGAUUUAUACAUUCUUUAGAAAGCAUGAAUAUGGAGCAACAAGACUUGUGAUCUAGGUUGAACAGCAGUUGUCCAUGGUGAUCUUUUAUAGGAUGAUGCCAGUACAACUGUUGCCUUCCAUUUAUAUAUUGCUGGGGAUAUCAUAGUAGAUGAAGACAGCCAGUCUCAGAGGUUCUUUAAGAGGAAGAACCUUGGACAAAGAAAUGCAUACUCGGGGGGUAGUUCAAGUGAUCAAUUUUCAAGUUUCAGCAGUACCUAUAGAAGAAGAUAUAAUUUUAUUAAGAUCAGUCGCAAGCUUACAAGUGAAAGGGUCGUGCGUUAUAAGGUGGAAAUGUCUUGUAAAUUUAAUUUCCAUUUUGCAUGUACUAGACCUAUUAUCUUGAGAGACAGAUAGAGGGAUCAGGAUUUCGGUUUUUAUUUUAUUAUGAAGUGCUGGACCAAGAGUUUGUGCUCAGACUGUAUUCAGCUAGAUGAGACUAAAUGCUGUGUUAGCUUUGUCA